AUGCCACCUCAGAAGAAAAUGCGAGAGCAUAAGUUUGACACCCCGCGGUUGCCUAUUCAUGAUGUCGAAUUCCAAAUUAUGGAAGCCCUUCACAGUCAUGAAACUGUUGUCCUCAUCGGUGAAACUGGUUGUGGGAAGAGUACGCAAGUGCCGCAGUUUUGCGUUCGAAUUGGGCUGGGUCGGAAAGGCCGUAUAGGUGUAACUCAACCACGCCGUUUAGCUGCUGUUUCUCUUGCCAGUCGAGUGUCCGAGGAACUCAGUUCACCUUUGGGACGAAAGGUAGGAUACCAUGUCAGAUUCGAGAGGGAGCUGUCAGAAGAGACUAAAAUUGUUUUUCUAACUGAUGGAAUUCUGCUGAGGGAAGCCAUCCAUGAUCCCCUUUUGAGAGACUAUAGCACCAUCCUCGUCGAUGAAGCUCACGAGCGUAGUCUUCAUACUGACAUCUUACUAAACGUCUUACGAUUAUGUCAGCGGCAACGGAAGGAAACCGACAUGCUUCCACUUCGCAUAGUCAUCAUGUCUGCUACCCUGGAGGCUGAACUUUUCUCAAAAUUUUUCAACGAUGCUCCGGUAUUUGUUGUCAAAGGUCGAACUUUUCCUGUCGAGGUUUAUCACGCAGAGCUCAAUCCUGAUAACGCUGACUAUGUCUACAAUGCUCUUGUCUGCAUCAAAGAUUUACAUCAGGAAGAACCUUUAAGUGAUCAUUUUCUUGUUUUCUUGACGGGUCGCGAGGAGAUCGAGGGCGCAGCCAAAAAACUGAAGGAACUGAAUGAGCAUUUCACUUCUCCUAUUUUCCCUGUUCCACUGUUUGCAGCGAUGAGCAGUGUAGCUCAAAUGAGGGCGUUCGAGCCGCCACCGGAGGGCCACCGAAAAGUCGUGCUGGCCACGAAUAUCGCAGAAACAUCGCUUACUAUCCCCGGAGUACGCGUAGUAAUUGAUUCCGGAAAAGUUAAGACAAGGUCGUUCACUGCUGCUAAUCGCAUAGAUGUUCUUCGAAUACAUGAUAUAAGCAAGGCGCAGGCGAUCCAGAGGGCUGGACGGGCUGGGCGUGAGGCCCCAGGGAAGUGUUAUAGACUUUAUCCAUUCCGUCACUUCGAGAAGCUGGAAGCUACAAGCGUUCCCGAAGUACUCCGUAGUAAUUUAGCAACGGUGUUGUUGGAAAUGUUAGCCCUCGGACUUCGACGACCUCGGAAGUUGAAACUGAUACAGCAGCCCGAAGAAGAAAGUAUGAUAGCUGCUGAACGAGAGUUGCUGGUGGAAAGACUCAAAGUUUUUUUUAGAGUUCUCAUUAUUGCUGAUGAAUUGGCUUGUAUGGAAGAAGCGUUGACAAUCAUAGCCUCUAUGUAUUGUGAGACUGUUUUCGAACAAGAUGGAUAUAAUGACAGUCAAGAUAUCGACCGAAUAAGAGCACGGUUUGCCUCUAACGAGAGUGACCAUCUCACCGUGAUGAACGUGGUGCACGCAUUCAAGCAAGAAAAGCAAAAGAAUGUCGAGCAUUUGAAGGAAUGGUGCAGCCAUAAUCAUCUCAACUUCAAGAAUCUCACAAUGGUGUUGAAAGUUCGUAAACAACUGCGUGACAUUGCAAUGGAAUGUGGCAUGAAAAUGAUGUCAUGUGGCGCACAACGGGAAAAAGUGCGGAAUCUUUUUCAAUCCUUAAAGUUACGCUGCGUCAUUCUUAUAGUAGGAUUUCAAAAUUCGUUGUUCAGACAAGCGCUGGCUUGUGGAUUGUUCAUGAACGCGUGCGAGUACAGUCGUCAGGAAGAUCGUUAUCGCUUACUAGUCAAGCCCGGAACAACUUUGAAGAUCCACCCUUCAUCAAGACUGUGCCGUGUGAGUGUUCAGCUGUUACUUUUUGAUCUUCAGAUUUCUUGUUCUUUGUUGUACAAUCCCCUAAUAUAG